CACCCGGUCCCCCCCCCCCCGGCCGGCGGGGGGCGUCUCGGACGCGUGUGGGGGAGGGGGGCUUUUUGGCGCACCCGCCCGGCCAUCCCUCCCCCGCGCGAAGCGCCCGGACCAAACGUGUGAGCCCUCGUUCCGCCCCUAGCAGCCCGAUCGCCUCCGCUUUUCGCCUCCCCCCCCCUUACCUUCGCCAUGCUUCGCACCGGUAUUGUCUCCCUCUCUCGCCCCCUGGGCGCCGCCCGCAUGGUGGCCCCCCGCUUCUACUCGGCCGUGGCCAACAAGGAGUACGACGUCGCCGUCAUCGGUGGUGGUCCCGGUGGCUACGUCGCCGCCAUCAAGGCUGCCCAGCUCGGUCUGAACACCGUGUGCAUUGAGUCUCGCGGCAAGCUCGGCGGUACCUGCCUCAACGUUGGCUGCAUCCCCUCCAAGUCCCUGCUGAACACCACCCACAUGUACCACGUUGCCAAGAACGACUUCCCCAAGCUCGGCCUCAAGGCUUCCGAUAUCUCCUACGACCUCGACGCCCUGAUGAAGAACAAGGACAAGGUUGUCACCGGCCUGACUGGCGGUAUUGAGAUGCUCUUCAAGAAGAACAAGGUCACCUAUGUCAAGGGUAAGGGCCGCAUCACCGCCCCCUCCAGCCUGAACGUCGACCUGAUCGACGGCGGCAGCGAGGCCAUCAAGGCCAAGCACAUCAUCAUUGCCACCGGCUCCGAGCCCUCUCCCUUCCCCGGCCUGAAGGUCGACCAGGAGAAGAUCAUCGACUCCACCGGUGCCCUCGCCCUCAAGACCGUCCCCAAGAAGAUGGUUGUCAUUGGCGGUGGUGUGAUCGGUCUCGAGCUUGGCUCCGUCUGGCGCCGCCUCGGCUCUGAGGUCACCGUCGUCGAGUUCGCCGACGCCAUUGGCGCCGGCAUGGACAGCGCCAUUGCCAAGUCCUUCCAGCGCAGCCUCACCUCCCAGGGCAUCAAGUUCAUGACCUCCACCAAGGUGGUCGGCGUGGACCAGUCCUCCGGUGCCCAGAGCGUCAUCGUCGAGCCCAAGGCCGGCGGCGCUCAGACCAAGAUCGAGGCCGAUGUCGUCCUUGUUUCCAUCGGUCGCCGCCCCUACACCGAUGGCCUCGGCCUGAAGGAGGUCGGCGUCGCCCUCGACGACAAGGGCCGCGUCCAGGUCAACGACCAGUUCCAGACCAACGUCCCGGGCAUUUACGCCAUCGGUGAUGUCAUCGACGGUCCGAUGCUGGCCCACAAGGCCGAGGAGGAGGGUGUUGCCUGUGUGGAGAACAUCGCCGGCAAGCAUGGCCAUGUCAACUACGAGGCCAUCCCGUCCGUGGUCUACACCCACCCCGAGGUUGCCCAGGUCGGCAAGACCGAGGAGCAGCUCAAGGCUGAGGGCGUCGCCUUCCGCGUUGGUGACUUCCCCUUCAUGGCCAACUCUCGUGCCCGCGCCAACAACGAUGCCGUCGGUAACGUCAAGGUCCUGGCCGACGCCAAGACCGACCGCAUCCUCGGUAUCCACAUCAUCGGCCCCAACGCCGGCGAGCUCAUCGCUGAGGCUGUCCUGGCCGUCGAGUACCAGGCCUCCUCCGAGGAUGUUGCCCGCACCUGCCACGCUCACCCGACCCUCUCUGAGGCCCUGAAGGAGGCCUGCAUGGCUGCCUACGACAAGCCCAUCCACAUGUAAGUGGCUUUCUGUCCCUCCCCUUCCAUCCGCCCUUUCCUUUCCUCUCCGGGGGCCAGCUGGCCCUAUAUUCCGCCGAAUGCGCGUGGCCCCGGGACUGGCAGGGGCAAGGGCAUCCUUGCGCGCCAGUGUACGCGCAGGGGAGCCGCUAGGGCCGCGUCCCCUCUCUGCUUCCCCUACUCCCUCCCCCUACCCCCCCCCCAUGUGUGUGUCCUUUUCUUCCCUUGCCCUCCACACCCCCAAAAGAUCGACCCUACCUC